UUUUUAACCUUCAUCCCCAAAUUUCAUCGAAACCCUAGACCUUAACAAAUCCGAAGAAACUGCAGGUGAAUCUCAACCGUCAAAUCCCAGUAACUUCCUCACGACAUUUCACAAAUGUCAGAGGACCAUCGGCGAGUGGCCGGUGGCAAUUUCUCCCGUCCAUACGGCGAGGGUUCUUCAUCAACAUCUUCAAAUAGCAAAGACAAUCCAGAGCUAUUCAAGGUCUAUUUCAAGGGUUUGGUGAGUGACGAGAGAGUUAAAGGCCCCAAUUCUUUAAAUAUAACAAUGAAAAUGGCGGGUAUUGGUAUAGCCAUAUAUAAUUCCAAGGAUGAUAUAAUAUUUGAGAUGAAGAAGCCUCUGGAUUUGAUGAAAGGUGAUCGGAUGAACACGCAGAGCGUGGAGGGGCACGCGUUGAUUGAGGCUUUGAAGGCUGCAAUUGAUUUAGAACUCAACAGAAUUGUGUUUUAUUGUGAUCAUCAUUCAUUGUAUCAAUAUCUUAGUGGGCGGUGGCGGCCAAAACAGCAGAAGAUUGUGAACUUUUUGGAACAAGUGGAUUUUCUUCGGAAAAGUUUCACUUACAGUGAGGCCGCUCUUAUUGCUGCUCGUAAGGAUGUCAAAAUUGUGUUUAAGCUUGCAAGAGAAGCAAUAAAUUUUCAUAGACGCAAGGUGGUAUCGGGUCAAGGAAAGCUUGAAAAUUGUGUAAUAUGCUUAGAGGACAAAUCUAUAGACCAAUUCGUGUCAGCCGAAGGCUGUACACACCGGUUCUGCUAUUCUUGCGUGAAGCAACAUGUAGAGGUGAAAUUGCUUAAUGGCGUGUUACCAAAAUGCCCUCACGAAGGUUGCGGGAGUGAGUUGAGAAUUGAAAGCUGUGAGAAGUUCUUGACCCCAAAGUUUACUGAGAUGAUGAGACGACGAUUGAAAGAAGAGUCGAUUCCGGUGACGGAUAAAGUUUAUUGCCCGUAUCCUAAAUGCUCAACGUUGAUGUCAAAAGCUGAACUAGAAAGGCUUCGUAUAUCGGUUAUCGGAUUUGGAGCUAGAACAUGUUAUAAAUGUCAUGGUAUUUUUUGCGUUAAAUGCAGGGUUCCAUGGCAUGAAAAUAUGAACUGUGCAGAGUACAAAAGACGAAACCCUACAUCGAUUGUGGAAGAAUCAAAGCUUAAAAAUCUGGCUGCUAGGAAUGAGUGGCGGCAGUGCAUAAAAUGCAAGCAUAUGAUAGAAUUAGUCGCUGGUUGCUAUCAUAUGACAUGCAGAUGUGGAUAUGAAUUUUGCUACACGUGUGGAGCGGAGUGGAAGAACAAGAAGGCGACAUGCAGUUGUAUUUACUGGAAUGAAGAAAACAUCAUUGAUAUUGGGGAAGAUGAAGACGUUGAUGAUUUCGAGGACGAGGAUGUUCAUGAUGAUGAUGAUGUUGUUCGUGAGGCUGUUGCUCAUUUUUUUAGAAGAUGGUAACAAGAAGAUAUACAGAAUUUCAUAGAUGUAAAGGUUUAGUAUGCCUUGCCCAUCACUUAAACCGAUAACUAAUGAGAUUUUUUUUUCAAUUACUAAGUUUUGAUAAUGAUUUAUGUUAAUCCGACUUAUAGAUUUUUCGGGUCGGACUUUUGCUUGUUUUAGAGCGUUCUUGUCGACGUGACUACUUAUUCAUGCAUACUAUAAGAAUGUGCAGGAAUUGUUACUA